UAUUUUGAAAAUCAGCGGCCGGAAGCGUUGUGUGAGUGGUGAAACUUGCCCCGGGUCCAGUGGAGCAGUGGAGCAGUGGACGCUCCGUCAGGACUGUGAGUGUGCACCAUUUCAGGCCCGGUUCGUGUCUCCAAACUCGGUAUGGCUGUCUGGUAAUGUGGGCCGUCGGCUGUGGAAGCCAUCGAUGCCGCUGUCGACCCGCCGUGCCUUCGUGAGCUCUAACGGGCUGAGACCAACAACAACAACCGCCAUGGCCUCGGCGUUACCCCGCUGCACAUCUGUCAGACUCCCCGCUGCGGUGGCCACCGUCACCGUCCUGCUCCUGAUGUCGGUGACCACCGUACAGUCCUCCCAAGGCGACAAGGAGCCGGUUUACCGAGACUGUGUGAAGCAAUGUGUCCGGACCAACUGCACCGGAGCUCGGCUACGCGGGUUUCAGUCAGGCCAGCCGCGGUACAUGGCGCUGACAGGUUGGACAUGUCGUGAUGACUGUCGCUAUCAGUGCAUGUGGACCACCGUGGGGCUUUACCAGGCCGAGGGGUACAGAGUCCCGCAGUUCCAUGGCAAGUGGCCGUUUGCACGCUUCCUGUGUUUCGAGGAGCCAGCUUCUGCCCUGGCCUCUCUGCUCAAUGGCCUGGCUUGCCUUCUUAUGCUGCUGCGCUAUCGGAGCAUGGUGCCACGCCAGAGCCCCAUGUACCACACCAUCAACGCCUUCUCUCUGGUGUCUCUUAAUGCCUGGUUCUGGUCCACAGUGUUCCACACCCGGGACACGUAUCUAACUGAGAAAAUGGACUAUUUCUGCGCAACAGCUGUCCUUCUUUACUCAAUCUACCUGUGUUGUGUCAGAACAUUGGGUUUGAGGCGACCUGGGGUGUCCAGCAUGGUGGGAGUCCUGCUCAUCUUGCUCUUUACCUCGCACGUGUCCUACUUGACCUUUGUCCGUUUCGACUACGGUUACAACAUGGCUGCUAAUGCCUCCAUCGGCAUGGUGAACCUCCUGUGGUGGCUGUGUUGGUGCUGGCAGAACCGGCGGACCCUGCCAUACUGGUGGAAGUGCGGCCUGGUGGUGCUCCUGCUUCAUGGUCUGGCCCUGCUGGAGUUGCUGGACUUCCCUCCAAUGCUCUGGGUCCUAGAUGCUCACGCCGUGUGGCACCUGAGCACCAUACCGGUCCACUUCCUUUUCUACAGUUUCCUGAUCGACGACAGCCUCUACCUACUAAACACAGAGAAGAUGGGUGUCAAAGUCGAGUAGGAGGAGCUCAUCGUCUCUUCGCCAUGCCUUCGCUCUUGCACCUCUCCAAUCAGGGCAGCUGGACACCUGAACACAGAAGUAGCUCAACCUCUGAGAUGACAUGCAUGACACCACUAUGACUUCCAUCAGAGUAGACACUGUUUACAUCGUUUUUGAUUUUAAUUUAUUCAUUUCGGGGGUAAACUUUGCCUUGUACUGCCAUGUUCUCUACAGUUCGUUUACCACACGUCACAACACUCCAAAAACAAGAUGAAGGAAAAUGUUUUGUAUUCCACCACAGCAGACUCACUUUUUGACCUCCAAUUGCGAUUUUUACCCUCUGUACUGAAACUGAUCCCCUGAUCCCCUGUCCCCAUGAUUUGACUCCAACCAAACUCUCGGAAGUCCACCACACUCGGCUCUACACAAACGGCAGUUUGCCGUGGCUGACAAUAGAUGGCACCAAAUCCUUUUUGCCAGGCCACCAUCUGAACAUAGUCUUGUCCGGCACAGCAUGUGUCGAGGUCCAUCUGUGCCAAAAGUGGACUGGGCGGACACAGAGAGGUGCCCCUUGUGAAGAGGAGGGGAUGGGAGGGUGGGGGUGGGGGUUCUCCCAGUAGAUUGUUCUAGAGAGAGGGGGAAGGGGGUUAUGUUUGGAGGCUAUUCUAGCUGACUGGGUUUUUUUUUUCUUUUCUCACCAUCACACCUUUAUUUUUGUGCCUCUGUUGUUUCCACUCCUGCUUUUGUAAAAUUUCAGAUUUUCAGUUUCAUCAGCUGCCUUAGUUGUUUUACUCCUUUUGUUGUCGUCGUCGUCGUUGUCGUUGACCAAUUUGUGCUUUAUUCUGUUGACAGUUUUACUUUGAUUUCUUAAUUUUUGGGUGGGAUAUGCCUCAUGAUUAUAAAAUUUAUAUUUUUAUUCACCUGGAUUGCCUUUUAGUGUGAGAAAAGGAGGAAAUGAUUGCGGUAGGACAAAUAUGCAGCAACAGGAAGCUGGGACUUUUAUUUUUUUUUUUACAUAAAGAGUUUCUAAUAAAUUCGGGGAUCAGGUGGUGUGUGUGUGUGUGUGUGUGUGUGUGUGUGUGUGUGUGUGUGUGUGAAUAAGUGUUUAGGUGUUGCAUUUCUUGCUGUAAUAGUCCCCAGAAUGACACACACACGACCAGCUGCUUUACAGAUAACUGCCCCAUCAUGUAAAGGAGCCCAUUGAUUUCAUUCCGUGUCUGCCUUACACACUUUCUCAUAACAUGUUUAUCACUGACCUCUUUUUUUAAAAUCAAAUCUUUUUGAUUUUCCUCUCACAUCUCGAACCAAAAAAAUCAUAUCAUGUACAGUACGUCUUCGUCCCUCAGAGUUUCCCUCCCACAUGUGCACUUUACGUGUGCGUCUGCACGUUUACAUGCAUUUUCUGUUUUGAAAUUCUGUCCAUGCCUUUUGUAUUCCUGUGCGAGAAUGUGAACAAUGACCAGCACGCGUGUACACGUUGCCUUGACUUGACAUUGUGUUGUUUUUACCGCCAGAAACUGAAAUCACUGUGUUUAUGUGUGUGUGUUAGAGCGAGAUUGUGCUGAUCCUUUUGUAAAGCUAGAGAGAGAUAGAGAGAGGAUGUGUGUGUGUAUAUCUAUAUAUACUGUAUGUUGGAAGAUUGCUGCGUGGAUGCGUGUGAGACAAUGGGUAAAUUUAGCUUUGCUGACAGCCUUUGAUGGGGGUGGGGGAAGACCGAGGAUGAAAGACAUGACGAGGCUGUCAUAGGUUUGGGUGGCAAAGAGAUGCUUGAAAUCGUGGCAGAGAUACUGGC